AUGGGGCCAGGACUGGUGAAACACCUGUGGGCUCCUUUCCGGAGCAUUAGCCUGUGUGUCACAACAAAGCAGUGGAAUGAAGCCUCAGGGUGGGCCAAGCCCACCAGCCAAGCCCUCCAGCAUGAGGAUUGCCCAGACUCACACCUAAGGUCAGAAGGAGGAGAUGGGUCUGAACCCAGCUCUGUCUCCCCCAACCAGGGCAGUUGCUGGCAAGACCUGGAUCUUCCUGGGGAAGAGAUCCAGGCUGUGUUGGCAGAAUCUGUCCACUUUUGCAUAGGCCAUGGAAGAUGGCAGCAGCCAGCACCCCAGGUGGCCUUUGGAACCAUCUUGUGUGAAAAAGGGACUCAGGGAGGUGACAAGCGUUCGUCCCUGGCUGUGUCCCGUCUGGUGGACAGUUUCACCUCACUGGUCCGCCAGGAGUUGGAGAAGGACCUCGUGAACGUCCUGCAGAGGGGGCACUCUUCCUGGCUGGAAGGAUUGUUGUGCAGACGCCCAAAGGUGCUCAGCAUCCAGAAAGUGCUGGAGCUCCUCAGUCAAAAGUAUGAGGACCAGCAACAAUGCAUGGAGGAAGUCUUCCUACCGGGACAGAUGGCCUUCUGCUCCACUGUCCAAAUGUGGCUCUACCUAUACCCAGAAGAUUUUGUGGGGUCCAUGGACAGCCUGAGGAGUCUCAGAACCUUCUUGCUCCACACCAUGCCGGAGUCAGGGCUGACAGUCCAGGUGGAGAGCCUCCUGACAGGACUGGAGAGCACAGAUCCCACUGCCUCUCCAGGAAAAACCUUCAAUUAAACACGGCCAAACACCAGAGGCACCAGGUCACCCAUCUCUCAGGCCAGCACCCACUCCACGUGUGCUGGAAAGUUGACACUGCCCUAGAGCUCAUGUCUCCUCUGGCCCCUCUACCUUUGUGAGCUCUUGAGGACUACUGAGAUCCAGAUCCCCACCACGCCUCUCCUCUUCCUCUCCUCCAGAAUUUUUUGGAUUUCUAAAACUUAUUUAUUUACUUCCUUAUUUAUUUAUUUAUUACCUUGUUUGGUUUAAGGUUUGUUUUGUUGUUUUGGGGUUCUUUCAUUGUUGUUAUGGUUAUUUCGCUAUAAGUUUUCAUUGUUGAGAUAGGUGUGUUAAAAAGUAUGUUAAUAAAUUUUUACAUUGUGUGAUA